UGUGGAGUAGGUAGUUGUGGUAGGAGGGGUGGGGUGGGUAGCGCGCAGGGCGCAGGGCGACGGCGCGGCGCGUAUCGAGCGUGGGCGGCCGCGCAUGCCACUCCACUCGCCUCCGCCAUCCCGCGAUAUGCACUACGACGCGGUUACAUCUCGUACUAAAACCCGACACGCACGAUAUCACGUUAUUGCGCGCGACGUGCUUACGAUGUAGAAACAAUACAACUUCAUGUAAACUUAAGGCAUAUUCAUAUAAAGUGAUAAUUAUGACAAGCAAUAUAUUAUUAAUUUAUGAUGGGUUCGAGAAGACUCUUAUGUAAACAUUUAAGUUUGAACCCUGUACAAAUAUGGACAUUCAGAAGCAGCACCUAUGUCCGCGACUGGUGGAUUAUUUAACCAUCGUCGGAGCGAAACCUUAUACAUCGGGGAAGGGGCUUGCCCCCGUACAGGCUCCUGAACUUCUGCGCCGCUACCCACUAACCAAUCACGAUGAUUUCCCCCUGCCUUUGGAUAUGGUGUAUUUCUGCCAGCCAGAGGGGUGUGUGUCCGUGGGGCCGCGUCGGGCGCCCGGCCACCUGGCCUCCAGGGAUACCACCUCAUUUGUUUUUCAACUUACUGAUAAGGACUCAGGUAAGACUCGUUUCGGCAUCUGCGUCAACUUCUACCGAGCAGUGGAGCGCGCGCAAGCCCCGGGCCCUCGCGAGCGUAGCAUGCUACGUCGCGAGUCUUGGCGCAAGUCCAUGGAGAAAAGUUCAGACUCCGCAUUCUCCAGUGACUAUAGGAGCAGCAACGUGGCCCCGAGUGACUCGGAGCGCGACUGCAGUGCGACACUAGCGCCGCGCCUGGCGCCAGCUCCAGACUCCGAGAGUGGAGGCUCGCACUCACAUUCACCCAGCCCGAGGGCAACGAGAAAGCGGCAGAGAAUAAGGAACCAUUCUCUAACCUCACUGUGCCUGCUUUCACAUCAUCCAUUCUUCUCCACAUUCCGAGAGUGCCUAUUUAUCCUAAAAAAAUUGAUAGAUGCAUGCAACGAGUCUUCCAGUCCACGACGUGUCGGUGCGUCAAGACAAAUUCUUAGAGAUACGGUAUGGUCGGUGUUGACUGGCCAAGCAUACGACAACACUCCGACGAUAGUGUUGCACGAUGUGAAAGAGAUUGAGACGUGGAUACUGCGGCUUCUGUCGGCGCCUGUACCGGUGCCGGGGAAGACGAGGCUCGAGCUGGAAGUACUGUCACCCACGGCUCACUCACCGCUACUGUUUGCAUUGCCGGAUCAUACAAGAUUUACACUCGUCGACUUUCCUUUACAUUUACCAUUGGAACUUUUAGGUGUUGACACAUGUCUGAAGGUCCUAACAUUAAUCUUGUUGGAGAAUAAAGUGGUGGUUCAAUCCCGGGACUACAACGCGCUAUCCAUGUCAGUGAUGGCCCUGGUUGCCAUGCUGUACCCGCUGGAGUACAUGUUCCCGGCCAUACCACUCCUGCCGAGCUGUAUGAGCUGCGCCGAACAGUUGCUACUGGCUCCUACGCCUUUCCUUAUUGGAAUACCAGCCACGUUUCUCACAUAUAAGAAGAAUUUCAGGAUGCCUGAUGAUAUUUGGCUUGUGGAUUUGGAUGCCACAAAAUUAAUAUGUCCAUCUGGAACCGACCAAGACUUGCCACCAUUACCCGAACCCGAAGGUUCGGUCCUAAAGAAUCACUUGAAGCAGGCCGUGCAUCUCAUGGGCAGUACCGGCAGUGGUGCUCUGAAUAGUUUGACGAGUACUACGGCGGAGCAGGCUGCCGCGCCACUGAUGCCGUCUAGACGAGACAGUGUGGGCGGGGCUACACUCAAAGUCCAGCCGGCGUCGUACCGCGGCAGUGACGGCGCGCAGUCGGCCCCGCACAGCACGCCGGAGAGCCGGCGCGUGUCCGUGUCCGGCGCCGGGCCGGGCGCCGCCAGCGCCGGACACACGCCGCAACGACACUCGCUCGCGUCGCCGCACCACACACAGGCACAGCCCUUCAACCCACUCAUCUACGGACACGAUGUAGACUCCGUUGAUAUUGCUACUAGAGUUGCUAUGGUGCGAUUUUUCAACUCACAAAACAUUCUGGCGAAUUUCAUGGAGCACACACGAACACUGCGCCUGUACCCGCGACCUGUAGUUGCCUUCCAGAUAAACAGCUUCCUGCGAUCACGACCGAGGACCACUUCCUUCUUGAACAAAUUUGCCAGAACACAAGCAGUAGAGUUUUUGGCGGAGUGGUCUCUAACUCCGGGCAACGUAGCGUUCCUACGUGUUCAGACAGGGGUGUUCGACCCGAGGCAGGUGGGGGACAAGCCGAAGUGGUUCGCCGACCAGUUGCAGCCCAUCCGGUUCCCCGUGUGGGACGACGGGAGCUCUCUCAAUGGCGCACUCAGACAACUACAGCGACAGGAGAACCAACCCACAGAUGAAAGUGGUUCAGACUCGGAGGCUGCAGAAAGUACGAGCUCGUCUUACUCGUCACUUAGUGACUUUGUAUCGGAGAUGGCUUCAUCAGAUCUUUCUCCAGGUGGCAAUCAACAUCAGCACGUUAUUGGAGAGACGUACAGCGCUGUCGUACAAGUACCGAUGACGUUAUCAUCAUCAUUGGAUCCUAAAACGGUAUACAGUCCGCCUUCGUCACUGAUGUUCGGUAACGAGGAGGAGGUUGGCCACAGGGACACAGGUCGAGCCUCCACGUCCCCCUCCCCGUCCGCGUCUAGCUCUGACCAUAGCGACCUGUCUGAUGACGAGGCUCCUGGAGAUGUUGCUGUAGAAGCCAGUGAUACUCAUACACCUCCCGUCAAGAAAAGCGACACGGACAGCGGCAGCUUCGGCCGCGAGUCGGACUCCAACUCGACCACGACGCCGCGCACCGUGGAGCGCGCGCGCCCGCCCGCCGCCUGCGACCUCGCGCCCGCGCACCACUCGCUGCACCACUCGCAACACAAAAGCGUAAGCAGUGGCGUGUCCCGUCAAGCGUCACAGUCGUCACUAUUGGAGCAGUUCGCCGCGCAGGCCAAGGAGCUGGUGAGGGAGACAACACGACAGAGCAGUCAGGAGGGACUGCUCGCACAUAUGGACAAGAAGAAAGGAAAAGUAGCAGAUGGAGAGGAAAAGAAAAUGUUUGCGCCAUUCGGUCAGCUUACAUUGCAUGCGAAAAAAGCAGCUGAGGAAGCUUCGAAGAGUAUGCAUGAAGCGUCAAAAUCUGCGUUAGAGGCCAGCAAAACAGCCACAGCAGUCAGUAAGAAUACUUUCGAAGAUCUCACGUAUGUUGGCAAAUCCACCCUGGGAGAUCUUACCAAGAGCGCGAAAGAAGCUGCCGCCAAAAAGGGACUACUGAUGAAGGGUGAAAGCCAAGACUCAAACGGCAGUACAUCAGGUCGCCGCGACUCCACAGCGUUACAGACCACCAACUUACUGACAGCUACACACCGUGACUUCUUCUCCAACAUCAGUUCUGAUCUCAAUGGUCUGGCGGCGUCCACCUCCAGCAUGUUCAGUGACUUCUUUGGAAAUAAAGGAGCUAAGCAGCCUAAGCCAGGCGAGCAAGGUCGCGGUGCAUCCGGCCCCGCAAGUACUGCAGGCGGCGGCAGUGGCGGCGCCCCGCUGGCGGCGUCGUUCGGUCCGUUCUCGAUGGGAGCGCGCGGGCUGGUGGCUCGCUCGCCCCUGAUCCGUCACUCGGCGCCCGCGCCCCCGGCUGCGCCCCCGCACUCGCGCCCCUCUGCCAACACUGAAAACCAAGCUUUCCUCAAUGAUUUAGUCCAACAUGUGCUGGAAGGUGAGGGUGUGGGGUGGUUGAAAUUGAACCGUCUGAAGAAGUUGAUGGAAGACGAGUCUUAUAGAAACAUGGUGUUGAGCAAACUUAAUAGGAACUUCAACAGGAAGACCACGCCCAACGACAAAGUUGAUGAUGUGUUCGUGAGCAAGCCGGUAUGGAAAGGAAUGCUAAAGGUGCUGCAGGCAGUAGUGCAUGGCCUUGAGCACACGUACUCUAACUUCGGUCUGGGCGGCAUGGCCUCCGUGUUCCAACUAGCUGAGAUGGCCCACACUCACUACUGGAGCAAAGAAAUCGCUGGCUUAGAGCACGGAGGCAUGGCUGGCUCCGCACUCAUGGAACAUUAUGGAAGACAGGACCUCGAAACGCCAUCGUCUUCUCCCUCAUCGAGAAAAAGCUCACAAUCUGAUGUACCGGUAGUAAACUAUCCAGAAAUGGAUUCAUCUGAAGCUCAGAGUACCACGGAAAUGUUCAAAGACAUGCUGAACCAGAAGAGAAACUUACUCUUCAGCAAGUUGACAUCUUUCGACUCAGAUGCCCCUCCCUCGUCCGACUGCUCGGCCGACGAGAGCGGCUCCAUCACCACCAACCGAGCCAAUAUCUACGACCACCGCGCCUCCUUUAAGUCCAACCUCUCUGACACUGACGUCAUGUUCCUCAAUGUGAACCGCGGCAUGCAAGGAGCGAGUGGCAAACCUCGCGCGGCCAGUGUGUUCUCGUCCAAGUCUUCUGUCAGCGGGUACCGGCCUCCCGUCGGCGUGCCCGUCACCUCGCCCAUCACUUCGCCUGAUACCACUCGGACAUAUCUCUAUCAGGGACUCAUUGGUAAGGAGAGAUCAAAUCUUUGGGAUCAAAUGCAGUUCUGGGAGGACGCGUUUUUGGACGCGGUGAGUCAGGAGCGGGAUAUGAUCGGCAUGGACCAGGGUGCCAAUGAGAUGAUGGAGCGGUACAAGUGCCUGAGCGAAACGGAGCGCAAGCGGCUCGAGCAUGAGGAGGACAGAUUACUGUCUACGGCACUAUACAACCUGACGGCCGCCAUGGUACUGCUGGGGGGCGAGCCCGACACUGUCCGCAACAAGGUGCGCCGUCUGCUCGCCAAGAGUCACAUCGGCCUCGUCUACAGCCAGGAGGUCAACCAUCUACUCGAUGUCGUGCAUACACUGCAUGGCAACGACAUAGAGCUGAAGCCACUAGGGUCGCGGUUACUGCGUCGCGCGUCGUUCACUGUCCACGAGGGCGACGCGGCCGGCGAGCUGCGGUUCAUGGAGGUGCGAGACGACGGUCUCAUCUUACGCUCCACACAAGGUACCAUCGUGGAGAGGUGGUGGUAUGAAAGACUGGUCAACAUGACUUAUAGUCCGAAGAUACGAGUUUUGUGCCUUUGGAGGAAGAACGGGGGCCAGACGCAACUCCACAAAUAUUACACGAAAAAGUGCAAAGCGUUGUACUACUGCAUCAAGGAAGCCAUGGAGAAGAGUGGACGGCGGCAGGAUGCGGCCGAGCUUGGUGGGGAGUUCCCCAUACAAGACUGCGCUACUGGGGAAGGAGGGCUGAUACAGGUUUGCAUGGAAGGCGUCGGACUCCUGUUCCACCACAGCAAGGAUUUCGAGUUUUUCGUGCGGCUGGAUCAUAUUAGAAAAUGCUUCACGCAGAAUGGCGGUAUCUUCGUUUUAGAAGAAUUUAAUCCAAAAACAAGGCAGAUAAUUCAAAGGAAAUAUAAGUCUGUAAUGGCAGAAAAAGUAGUGUUUGAUCUUCAUCGUUUCUUCUCGUUGUGGCUUUCCCGUUACUUUGUCGAGACCAGUGGACAUGAAUUGAAUUAUACACCUUGUGUUUCAUAGCUCUUACCUUACAUUAUCAGUGAUGCGGACCAGAUUUGUUACGCAGUACUUUGUGUGUUUUCGUACUUCGCGGCUGGUCAGGAGCAAAAGAAAGCGAUAUUAGAGCAAGCAGCAC